GAGGUCGAACUCCAAAGCAACCUUCCACACCUUCCUUUCCCUGCCUCCAUGUAACAACAGUCCUUCUUUCUUAAGCGGCGCUCUCUUUCCGCCAUUAUGGAUAUGGAUCAUUUGAUCGGACAGAGGUUCAACCUCAUUUCAAAAAGUGAAAUUCGCUACAUAGGUACCCUUCACGAGAUUAACCCUGAACAAUCCACCAUUGCCCUCGAGAAUGUCUACUCCUUCGGUACCGAAGAUCGAAAAGCCGAGAAAUUCGUGCCUCCCUCACAGCAAAAAUAUGGCUUCAUUGUUUUUCGCGGUAGCGACGUCAAAGACAUCAAGAUCGCAGAAGAGGAACAACCACAACCAUCCCCACCACCGAGCAUGCCAAAUGACCCUGCUAUCCUGAACGCAUCCCAACCAGGCCCACCACUUGGCGGUCCACCACGAGACCAUUUCUCCCCUCCCGGCUACCCUCCACAUCCUCAAUUCGGCGCCUACUUUCCUCCUGGUCAGUUUGGAAGAGGAUAUGGCCCGCCUCCUGGAGGAUUUGGACCUGGCCCAGGAUUCUCACCGUACGGUCCACCUCCGCCUGGAUAUUUUGGCCCUCCAGGUCCAGGUUUUCCACAAGGACAUGGUCCUCAGUCCUUCCCACCACCGCCACCUCCCAUCGGACCUCCCGGGCAGCGGCACAAUGGCCCUCCACCGCCUCCGCAACCCCAACAGACCCCUUCAUCUCGUCCAUCAGCACCUGCCGCGACCAACAACAACCAGACCUCGGAAUUACCGGUUGACAACAAAGGUCCUCAAUCCGCAUUCCCUGCACCGCCUAAAGAAGCAGCCCCUCAGUCGAAACCGACUAUCGCCGAAAUCGCUGCCAGAGCACCCGUGCAACCGACUACGAAAGCAGCACCUUCGAAGGUCGCACCACGAGGUCCGAAGAGUAACAAAGUCACACCCGCUGUACCCUUCACAGUCAACCAGAAAUCAUUCAAUCCUCCAGUUGCACCUGCAUCAGAUGCGCCGUCAGCAGAUGGCGCUUCUGCUAAGCACAACAAGCCUGCGCCGUCUCAAGCUGCGAUGGACGAGGCAGCUAGACAAGCUAAAGAGGCCGUUGCGGCAGCGAUGGCGAAGUUGAAUCCCCAAGCAGGAGCAGCUCAGAACAAGGCAGCGCCUCAAACAGCAGCUGUUGAUGCGUUAACCAUGAAAGUAGCAGAACUGUCAACCUCGGCUCCUACGAACGGAUCCGUGCGAGGCGGACGAGGUGGUUUCAGAGGCGAACGAGGCGGCAAUUACGGCCGUGGACGUGGAGCAAAGAAGAUUGAGAUACCGAAGUCCGACUUUGACUUCGAGUCCUCCAAUGCGAAGUUUAACAAGGAAGAUCUGAUCAAGGAGGCCAUUGCAACGGGCUCUCCACCAGUUGCUGGAGCUGAAGAGGAUGCGAGUGCCGAGCCUACAGACGGAGAUGCUGCGAAUGCUACUCCACAGAGAAAGGAUAGCCUCAGCACAGGUGUCUCGGCAUACAACAGAUCAACUUCAUUUUUCGACAACAUCUCUUCAGAGGCUAAAGAUCGAGAAGGAGGAGCCGAUGGGCGAGCGCAUGCCCGACAGGUCCGCAGCGACGAGUUCAAGAAGAAUAUUGAAACAUUCGGCCAAGGAAAUGUGGAUGGUGGUUACCGCGGACGAGGCAGGGGUGGCUAUGGCCGAGGUCGCCCAUAUGGUGGCACAUACCGGGGUGGAAAUCGCGGCUAUGGGUAUCGCGGAGGCAGAGGUCGAAGUGGCCAGGAUCAGGCCCAAACGACAGCUGACCAGACUGCUGCGCAGUCAUAGGUUCCUGUGCGUAACGGCCAGCUUCCUAUGGGCGUCUAUGAACUUGGAACGUUUUGUGCUUUAGCGAAACAGCAAGGCUAGGGUGGGAAGCGCGUGUACUAUACCCUUGGUUUGGUUGGCGUCGCCUGGUACUUCAUCACUGGUUGAGUGAAUGCACGCUGAUGCAGAAAUGGGACACGAACUGGUGUGAUACCAAUGGGGGCACCACAGUCGAGAUUCCUCUCUAGCAUGACGAUCUUUGAAAGCAGAGACAUCGGUCAUGAAAACGAAUGUAGCUGAAAGCAGAGAGCAUUGCACUGCCACAAAAGGACUUGGAUUGAGCUUCUAAA